AUGUCACAAUCGCUGCGUCCUUAUCUUACCGCUGUGCGCUACUCGCUGCAAGCAGCGCUGAAUUUGACCAAUUUCUCAUCCCAGGUGGUGGAAAGACACAACAGACCUGAAGUGGAGGUUCCUAACACGAGUGCAGAACUGCUAUUACAGCCGAUGAAUGUGUCUCGUAACGAGCACGAGCAAGUGUUGAUAGAGCCCAGUGUCAAUUCCGUAAGGGUCAGUAUCAAAGUCAAGCAGGCAGACGAAAUUGAACAGAUCCUGGUACACAAGUUCACACGCUUUUUGGAACAGCGUGCAGAGUCAUUCUACGUGCUGAGAAGAGUGCCCAUCGAGGGCUUCAGCAUUUCGUUUUUGAUCACCAACAAGCACACGGAAACCAUGAACACGGAGAAACUGGUGGACUUCAUCAUCGACUUCAUGGAAGAAGUAGACAAAGAAAUCAGCGAGAUGAAACUGUUUUUGAACGCCAGAGCGCGUUUUGUCGCCGAGGCGUAUCUUGGAGAGUUCGUUUACUGA